UUGAUUUAUAUCCUUUUUAUAAAUCCUUUACCUUGAUUUAAUUAUUCACAAUCAAAUCGAAAUUUACGACUAAUCACUUGAUAAUAGUCUCCAUUUCAUGUUUGAUCACCGAACUAGAACUGAAACAUCAGAAUGGAACUUAGCUUUUCAUUUAUUUACAUGAUCAUUUUUUCUGUGACCAUUCUGUACAUUUUGUCUAAAUUUCUCUUUCGACCCAAACCUAAAUUUGGUAAAAAUGCUCCGUCACCUUUUCGAUUACCGAUCGUUGGUCAUCUUCAUCUAUUAGCGAAAUAUCCCGAUGAGCCAUGGAAAGGGUUUGAGGAAAUUCGCGAAAAGUUUGGUGAUGUGGUUGCGCUUAAAUUAGGAAUUUUCGAUACAAUUAUGGUUUCGUCUUUCGAAACAAUUAAGGAAGUUCUGAUUACCAAAGGAAAAUUCUUCUUGAAUAGACCUGAUUUCUAUCGAUUCGAGUUAAUGUUUGGUGGUGAUCGAGAAAAAGCUUUACCUCUAUGUGAUUGGUCCGAAAAGCACAAAAAUACUCGAAGCUUUUGCUUAAUGGCGACGGCUCCCAAUCCAUUAUCAUCAUCAUUCGAAAGACUCGAUAAAGUGAUAACUUCAGAGAUGGAAAGUUUACUCAAAUUCAUUGGGUCAUCUGAUAAAAUUCUGACCAAAUGCUGGACAGGACAAAUCACAACGAACAUUUUUACGCAAUAUCUUUGUGGAUCAAGAUUGGAAUAUGGUGACCCUGAACUUAUUAUUCAAAGCUAUCGUUCCGAUUACACCCUUUACGACAUAAGUGCAAGUAACACUCCCAUUGACUUUCUACCUUGGCUAAAAUCUUUGGGAUUUUAUCGAGAAAGUCUAGAUAAGUUGAAGAGUACCACAGCACAGAAAUGGGUGGACGAUUUCUUGGUAAAACCACGUAUAGCUCAGCUCGAAAAAACUCGUGAAGAAGGAAUGGAAGACUUGGACGGUAAUGAUUCGAAGAUGUUUUUAGACCAAAUGCUCGAAUACUAUUACGAGAAUCCAAAGGAGUUCUGUUAUUCCCAUGUAGUGUACUCUUUAAGUGAUUUAAUUGGAGCUUCCAGUGCGAUAUCUAAUCUUAUCAUGAAUAUCAUUGGUCAUCUAGCUAUGGAUGAAGAAGUACAAGAGGAAAUAUACCAACAAAUCGAGGCCACUGCUCGUCAACAUAAAAUUGAUACUAUAACCUUGAAGCACCGACCUCAUAUCCCACUGGUCGAUUCCUGUGUUCUGGAAGCUCUGAGAUUUUCAUCUUCACCAAUUGUUCCUCAUGUAUCAACUGAAGACACAACAAUCGGAGGUUACUUUGUACCAAAAGGAACAAUGAUUUAUUUCAACAAUUGGCCGUUGAACUUUUCUACAAAACGCUACACUAAACCAGAACAAUUUAUCCCUUCUCGAUUCGUAUGCCCUUCGGACGAUAAUAAUAACAAGACAAUGCAGUUAAAAAAGCCCGAAGUUCUCAUACCCUUUUCAAUCGGUCAGCGAACAUGCCUUGGAUUCAAGAUGACCAGAUACAUUUCGUUUAGCUUUAUGAGUAACCUUUUGCUCCGAUAUAAGAUCGCACCAGAAGAUUCAGUUGAAACAAUCACGGAUCAUAUUAAAAUUGGAGUUCUGGCUUUGAGAACCGAUGAUUGUUUCCGUGUUAAAUUAAUUCCAAGAGCAAAACAACAGUAAAUUAUUGAAUUUUCUUGAUUGUAACGUUCUAAAAUAAUAAAAAUUACAAUUAAUAUA